AUGUUCGUAGCUGCAGUUGUUUUUUACGUUUUAUCGCGGGCUGCAGCUCAGGAGCAGGCCCUUAGCACUGACCAUUCUGCCUCGAUGCCAUUCCUCGACUUAUUUACGGGCGCUUCCAACUAUUAUCCCGAUAUACGAAAAACAUAUUCUGAUUCCGGUUAUUACCAUGACUCGUGCCAAAAGACAGAUACCCUAUCGUCGUUUGCAAGUCUUUUAGGAAGUGCUGCCAAAAUAAUGCUCUCUGCGACAGUCAUUGUGUUAUUAAAGCUUCUUGGUGGGAAACUUUUGCUUUUACCGCUAAGUGUUAUGGUGUUCGCGAAGUUAGGGCUGAAAGCAGUGUUGUUGUGGCCAGUAAUUUCAAAAAUGAUAAAAUAUUUUAAGAGAAAAAAGAAGAAAAGCAAGUCAAGGUUAAUAAUGGAUUGCACGGAGAGGGUGGCGUGUGUCAUACAGCGGUCUUAUAAGAGUGGUUUCGGUAGUAAUUUCGGGACGGCAGUAACAUUUUCAAUUAUAGACGACGUUGAUGAAGAUAGUCCGAUUGCGAAAAUAUUGCUCAGCGUUCUCGCUGGGGACAAGGUCGCGGAAUGUAUGUCAAUGGACUGCAACUCAGGAAUCGAUAUAAGCUGA